UCAAAACGGCAGUCCACAAAGCAAUGAGUGAAGUCACAAUGACUACGUCCACUUCUUACAUACCGGCUAUGGUCUGAACACACGAUGGUGCCAAAUUCACUCUUGUUGUUUUAAUUAAUAUAAAGCAAAGAUCAAAAAUGUUAAGUUCCAUUUUCUCUCACCUAUAAUGCCAUUACAUGGGCAACUGGCUAAGUGGAGAGCAGGGCCGUCCUUCAAUCAGAGGAUCGGCGGUUCGAUACCUGGCUCCGGCUCUGCUAGUCACAUGUCGAUGUGUCCAUAAGCAAGACACUUAACCCCAAAAUCUCUCCCGUAGCCGUGCCUACGGUGAAUUGUGAUAGAAUCUGAAGUCGCUUUGGAUAAGAGUCUGCUAAAUGACUGUAAUGCACUUUUCCUGGUGUUUUAGGGUUUUCCAGUGGUAUUGGUAUCGAGAUAGUGAGGCAGGUAUCGCAAGACAAACAUUUUGGUAUGUACCUUUAUUUAGAGUUUGAUUUUAGCACUGAUUUGACAUCAGUGAUGAAUUAAUUUCUGUGUAGCAGUAAGAAUACUAAAACGUGUCUUAAGGAAAGCUGCAGAUAGUCUGGUUUUAGUGUGUCCACUCUGGAGUUCACCUCCCACAGACCAAUAGAAGUUCAUGUCUGUUUGUAUGUGGGCUGAGCUGCAGUAGAUUUUAGGUGGGUGGAAAGGGUGAAACCCAGCAUUCUACACACACACUUGCUCUCCGAUCAGUGUGUGUCAGAGCUCAUUACUGCCAGCAGAAUACAGAGCAGCCUGUGCCUGUGCGUGGGCGGGGGGGGGGGUGGUGAGUUUAGCAUAGAGGGAUUUCCUGCAGUGGGGAAGGAUUGAGGGAACACUGCAGCUCUGCUGUUCAUCACAAUCCUCCUGUUAACCCUUUUCUUUGUAAGCCUGGCAUUUAAAGAAAUGAAAUGUGUCAAAUCUGGACUCCGCUAGAUUAUAAACAUCGGUUCUUGCCAACGAGGAAGAUGUGAGUUGAGAGAAUAGCUGCAACAAUUAGUCCACUAAUCGAUCAACAGAAAUAUAAUCGGCAGCUAUUUUGAUCAUUACUUUAAGUUUCCGGUUCUUGAAUGUGAAAAUCUUCCAUUGUAGUAAACCGAAGCUUAUUGGGUUUUAGACUGUUUGUUGGACAAAACAAGCCAUGUGAGGAAGUCUCCCUGGGCUCCAAAUACCAAAUAAAGCUGUUUUUGUUUGUGGUGUGAAAAUAAAACAGAAGUACAGGUGGACAAAAUGUCAACAGAUAUUUAGUGUAAACAUCACCGUGGGAAUAUGAGUUAGUAAUCAUGCUCUUGGUUCCACAGUCGGUCGAUUUUCCAGUCUUUGAAAACACAUGAAACUGAGAGCAAGAGUAAAAUGUCAUGGAAAGUCUUAUUUUGGCCUGGAAAAUGAUUUCAAGCUUGUCCUGUUGUCCUUUGGCUGAGAAUGAACUACUAGUCUAUCUAUCAGAGCUCCCCAAACAUUUAGCAUAACAUUCAAAUGGUAGUUCAUGGACCAAAGACUGUAUGUAAGAAGUGGACGCGGUCACCGUGAUGUCACCCUUUGGUUUGUGGACUGCAGUUUUCAAGUCUCCAGUUCCGCAUUUUGGCCGUCGCCAUCUUGAGUUUUGUCCUUCUUAUUCUUGGUGUUUGUCCUUUGCCGUUUACAUUUUUGUCCGUUGCCAUUGUGGUUUUUUGGCCGCCGUCCUUUUGGUUUGUUCCAAACAGAAGUGACACGAGAGGAUGGAGCGAAGUACAACCGAAUGCUUAAAAAGACAGUUUAAGGCUGUCAAAAAUGUAACAAUUUACUUUCAUGAACUGAAAACACACUGUGAAAGUUGAAAGGUAGCGACCUGUCAAUCACAAAGUAGCCCCGCCCUAAAGCAUACCCUGCUUUACCAUCUAUUUUAUUCUAAAUAGGACCAUACUUUACUAAAUGAGCUACAAAACAGUGGAGAGGUUCCGUUGAUGCUCAAAGAACUCGAGGAACCAGUUGAGGUAGUCUGAUAACACAAGUUAUGUUAUCCACUUAAACUAAAGCAUGAUUCAUGCUUUUAUGGUUCUGUUUGAGCAACUUAAGGCAUUUGAUUGGGGUCAAAUGAAAAAUUAUGUAGAUACAUUUCAUAGUUCUGGAAAGUUCUUGGGGAUAUAUAAAGAAAUGAUGACUAACUUUAUCAAACUAAAAUGAACUGCAAGAUGUUAUUUUUGAUAUGGGUUGUUUCCGUGUUCUUUGUGUUGUCAUACAGGUACGCCAGCCUGUACUUCUGUUGUGCAAUUGAAGAGCAGGACAACGAGCUGAUCACACUUGAAGUCAUCCACCGCUUCGUAGAGCUUCUGGAUAAGUACUUUGGCAGUGUGUGUGAGCUGGACAUCAUCUUUAACUUUGAGAAGGCCUACUUCAUUCUAGAUGAGUUCCUGAUGGGAGGAGAGAUCCAGGAUACGUCGAAGAAGAGCGUCCUCAAAGCCAUCGAACAAGCCGACCUACUUCAGGAGGAGGACGAGUCACCCAGGAGUGUGCUGGAGGAGAUGGGCUUGGCGUAGUACACAACUAGCUUGUGAGAGACUUUAGAUACUAAAGGCAGAGGGCUGGAUGAGAGGGGGGCGGGGCACAAUCUGGGAUGGAACAAGCUGGGAUCUUUGGCUCUGGGGGGACUGAUGUACAGCGUUUAACUGGGGGGGAGACUCAGUUAGGAAUGGAGGAUCCUUGCAUUGACAGGCCCUUUACUUGUGUGUGUGUGUGUGUGUGUGUGUGUGUGUGUGUGUGUGUGUGUGUGUGUGUGUGUGUGUGUGUGUGAGUGAGACCUGAGUGUGGGGACGUGUGUGUGGUAGCAGGGGUGGGGUGGGGGGUGUUCAGGUUUUUAAAGGGGUGAGAUAGAGUCCACCUUCAGCUUAUUGGAGACUUGAAUUCCAGUAGAUGCUGGCGCUGGAGUCACAGCCAGGCAGUCAGCCUGAUGCCGUGAUGCAGAGAGGUGGGUGAACAGUCACAGCCCUGUACAGAAGCUUAAAGCUACUGAAUGUGGACUGAGACCAAGUCUGGGAUUUGACGUUCCUUUUAUAUUUUUAGUUUUUUCAACAAGUCUCGUGAAAAGACCAAAAACUACCAAUGUGACACUCAUUUCCAAGCCCACUGGCUCCGACUGAACACAUUCAUAUUUAUAAACGGCUCAGAUGUUUCACAAAGAACAGGCGCUAAAAAACAACAGCUGGCUACUGUAGUUGUUAGCACAAACAAGAGGAAGUAGUGCAUUUAUUUGGGACUAUUGUCAGCGGCAGGUUAAUCCUCAUACAUAUUACAGCAGCAGGACAGUAUGUGGGAUUUAGUCCAAAUAAUCUACAGUGUGUCACAAAGAGCAACAGUAGCCGUGUUUCCAUUCAAUUAUCAAGCAGAUUUUAAGAGAACUUUUGAAAAGCACAGCUACUGUCACUCAUUGAUGUGUUUUUAAUAAUGGAGCUCUAUCAGCCAGUGGAAGAGGAUACACACACACAAUAUACCUGCUAGUGGGACAUAUUGAUUGUUGGUGUGGGUCUACACAUGCGAUUGGGUGACAAUCAGAAAAGUAUUGAAUGCCAGCAGACCUUUUGGAGUAGAGUUGUGUUUUAAACUAUCCUGUUUUCAUAGAGUUUGCCAUCAUUCCUAUUGGUUAUGUGCAUGAUAACAUAAAACAAGGAACACACGACAUGCAGCUGAAAAACACAAAUCAAAUGUCUGUUUAACAUCAAGACCACGGGAGUGUCAGUCCCACACAUUUCCUCUCGUUUGUGUAGAGGGUGAUUUCUGUUGAUGAUGAACUUGGGUCUUAUUUUUGUCCUUUUGUUCUCUGGCUCCGCGCUUUAGAUGUGCUAAUGCUACUUCAGCCUAACAUCUCUGUCCCUGUAUUGUUACCCUUAUUUCAUCUACACUUCUAUAGAUUCUAUUCUAUAGACUUUUUCUCAGAAAGGCAGAGUUGUGCUGGUUGGAUUUCCCUUCUGUAUCUGCGAUUGGCCCGUCUGACCGAAGGCGACGGGUUCGGGGUGAUGAAGUGCGUUGUGAACGAUGAACCAAAGACGUUCGGGAUUUGCAUCACCGCCUCAAAGAACUCAUUUACAUAUGAGCCAAUGCGUAUGUACCGCAAGUGGACUGAUGUACCAGACGAGAUGGAAAUGUCACGUCUGUCUUAUGCAAUUCAACAAAGAGCCACUGAGAAUCACAGCCCACUUAGUUUUCCUCCAGACGGCAGGAAGCAGCCGCAGAGAUGGAAGGAAAAAGAAGCGGCCAGUUGGAACUUGAUGUUCUGCUGGUUCUACUUACCGGUACGACAUGUUAGCCUCUGAACUUCAAUCCAGCCCUAUUUAGAAUAUAUCGAAUUUUAGAGUAUAAGUGUAUUUUUUCUUCCCGUACAUGCUUUUUACAACAUUUUAUCAUUUUAAGUGAGUGGUUGUUACAGCUGUUUAUAGUUGGACAUGCCGUCUUAGGCCAGAUGAGCAGCCGCUGCUAGUAAAGGAACAGAGCAGGAUCACAUUUAAAUGCUCGUCCUUUCAGUCGUUUCAUUAAAGCAAAGUGCAUUUCUUAAACAGUAGUAUGCCUACAAGCAGCUUUGAACGUCUCCUUUACGGGUGUAACAGUUCACCGUGCUCAUGGAGGCUCCAACCUCAGGUUUAUGGUCCAUCGACAUGCUUGUAUUCUCAUGGUUUUCCUUCAACUUCCCCUCAUUUGAGCAAUUAAUGCAAAGACAUGUUGGGUUCAUGCUCUCUUUAUAGAAUCUGAAUCCAGAAUUGACUCCACUCAUUGAAUCCAACUCCUUUUCGUGUCCAUCAGCUUUCAUUUGUGACAAAAGUUAAAUUAUCAAAACCCUAAAUUGAUAUGUCCUAGGUCGUCAACUUACUGCAAACCUUAUUUUCAAUUAUGGUCUUGAUCCAAAUACCAGGAGUCCUGAACUUCAACUAUUAAAGUGACACUAUUUACCUGCGAGACAAAAUAUUCUGCAACUAGAUCCAAUACAGACGAAGAGAUCAGAACCCAAAUGUACUCGCAGCAAUAAUCCAGCAUAUGUGAACUGUUACACCGCUGUGUGUACGAUCUUACAUUAUGCAUAUGUUUACUUCAUAACAAGCUGUGGACAGGGAUGAGUGUGUUGGCUAUAAACGUCUUUGCGAUGAGAUGGAGGGUUUGUACGAAAGCUCAUAAUUGACCAUCAUAUACAAAGAUCCAGCUGGUCACUCGGGAAAAAUUGUAAUAGUUGUCUGCAAGCAGUCACUCAGCAAAUGUUCACUUUAUUGAAGUGAACAUAUCUGAAAUAUUCAUGAAAUCCUAUUAUUGCUAAUUAAGUGACCAUGCAGUUUUCUACUUAAGGGUUAGUUUGGUUGUUUUUGAAGUGGUUUUGUAUUCGCUGCUCCUCCACUGUGUAUUACUACAGUACAUGGAGUUUGGAGAAACAGACGGGAGUACCCGCACAGGAGCAAAGUGUGUGGACGUAUUUUAGACACCUAAAAAAAUCCAUAAAUGUUUGUUCUAUUAACAACCUAGCUGUCGGACAGCCCCUUAUGAAGGGGAACUGAAGCUGUUCUCUCUUCAAAGCCACAAGACUCCAUUAACAAAAACAUUUUACCUCAGGAGUUGCUGCUCUACCAAUGCCUCAAUAGUUGUUUCUUUGUGUGUUAUUGUGUGACUUUGGUGAAUCAGAAUUUACGCGUUUUAAAACACUAAAGUCACGCAAUGGGACAAACUAACUGACCGAUCGAGGCGGCGGUAAAGCAGCAAGUCCUGUUCUACGAGGUAAAAUUGCUGUUUUUGUCAAUGGAGUCCGGUGGCUUUGGAGAAAGCAUGGAUGGAUACGUCUUCAGCUCCACGUCAGAAAAAGCUAGCAAGGUUGAGCGGUGAAAAUAUAGCGUAGACUUGCACUUAAAAUAGGUUCUGCUGCUACCUCCGUCCACAGCAGUACAUUUUAGAGAAACAGACAGGAGUAAAGCACUCCUGUCUGUUUCUCUAAAGUCUAUGUACUGUAGUAAUACACUGACUGUGGAGAAGUACCUCAUACUGUUAAACCCCAUUUCAAACAAUCCAAACUCUCCCUUAACUCUCCAUAUACUGUUGAUCAGUGCCAGGUGAUAUGGGACUUUCAGAAAAACGUAUGAACUAUCAUUUCACGCAGAUGAAACAUAUUUUUGGAAAACAUAAAUAUCUUUGGCUAUAUCUCAACAUUAAUUCCUUCAUCCCUUUUUAGUUUUUGUUACAUUUUCCAAUCCUACACAACGGAGGAAUGUGCUCCUUUUAAUGCCUCAGAAUGUAUGCAUGUUUUUCAUUACACAGCGAUCUAAUUUAUAUAAUGUCCUCAUUCAUGUGCUUUGUUUUGUGACCUCACGUGACCUGCUGUUCAUGUUGCUUGCUUAUUUGCAUCGAUGGAGAACUCAGUAAAUAUUGAACUGAAGCACUAUGUUCUUCGAAGAAGUACUACACCCUCAAAUGACCUAUAUGUGUACCUCGUGGAAGAAACUAAGAAAAGGCGGAGGUCAUUGGCAGCAACACGCUGCAGGACAUUCAGCCUGAACCUGUCUGACGAAGUCAGUUCAUCUGCAGCACUGUUGUCUCAACACAGCAGGCCUUUGUUUCCCUCUGCUGAACUCUGAAUAUGACUGUGUUUCAGAGUAAGGGCUCAUUGUGCUGUACUGUGUCCACAUGUACUGCAACAAAUGGAAGUCCUCAAACAGUUAGCAUUUUUACACUUCCUGUUCCCCUGGUCUGGAAGUCAAUGGGUUUUUUGUGAGUUCCUGAAAUAAGAUAUGUGGUUAACACAAGCUGAAGAGAUUUUUGUUCUACGACAUAAAAAAAUCAUCUUAAAAAAGGCUACUAACAAGUGUCUUAAUGAGACUACGAAACGACAUCACUGAUGUGAAGUUAUGUGCCCGGGCUGUAGUUUGUUUAUAGCCUAAAGUUAGCUCUGUACUUCUGGCAAUUGCAUUCACACUUCAUAAAUCCUAAGUGUCUUUCCUUUGUGAAGAUUAUCUUGCUGAACAAAAGUAUCUAAACGUUUGUUUGCCUCAGAGAUUGUCUUCUGCAAUAAUCCAGAAUCCGAAAGAAAAACUCCCAUUGACUUUUUGUCGAGUGAACCAGUGUGAUGCCGACUUCCUGGUUGUCCUUCAAAAAACGCCGAGUAUCUUUGUAGUCGUGAUGCAAUAACAGCUCACACUUUUCUUUGAAGUCAUUCACCGUGUUGCACUCUGUCGUGCACGUGAAAUGACGGAGGUCACGUUCAAAGUGUGAUUGUUUCAAUGGACCAC